AUGGAAAAAUUAGGUCCAAGUAUUGAAGAUCUUUUAUGUUAUUGUCGUCGAUCAUUUUCACUUAAAACUGUUCUUUUACUUGCUGAACAAAUGCUUAGACGUUUGCAACAUAUACAUUCACGUACUUUUCUUCAUCGUGAUUUAAAACCUGAUAAUUUUUUAAUGGGAGUUUUUACUUGGUCACAUCGUUUGUAUUUAAUUGAUUUUGGCCUUUCAAAACGAUAUAUUGAUGCUAAAACACGACGACAUAUUAUCUAUCGAGAAGGCAAAGGUCUUACUGGUACACCACGUUAUGCUUCAAUUAAUUCUCAUCUUGGAAAAGAACAAUCACGUCGUGAUGAUCUUGAAGCACUUGGUUAUGUUCUUGUCUAUCUUUACGAAGGACGUUUACCAUGGCAAGGUCUAAAAGCAGUAGCUAAAUCAGCUAAAUACGAAAAAAUAUGUGAACGAAAACUUCAUACACCACUUGAAUCACUUUGUAUGAAUAUGCCGAAUGAAUUUUCGCAAUAUUUACAAUAUUGUCGUAAACUUGAAUUUACUGAUGAACCAAAUUAUCAGUAUUUAUUAGAAUUAUUUGAUGAUCUUUUUGUACGACAUGGUUUUGUACGUGAUUAUAUCUAUGAUUGGAAUCUUAUUCGAUUUCGACAUGAAUCAAAAGCAAUAUCAAUAAAUAAUGAAUCUCUACCAAUGAUUAAUAAUAAUACAAUUGAACAAGCUAUAACUUUAACUAAUAAACGAUCAAAAUCUCUUACACCUGUUAUUGCUACUAAUCGAUAUUCAACUCCACGUGAACAAUUUGUUGAUAAUUAA